CAGUGACAAAAAAAAGAAGAAAAACCCUUGGGAGAACUCGGAGCGACAGUUUUCGAGUUCACUGGUUGCUGUCACUCGCCAUCGCUCUCUCUCUCCAUCUUCAUUUGAUCGAAUCUCUUCCAUUUCCGAACCUCGAUCUCCUCAUCCCAGAAUGUCCUUGCAAAGUGCAAAUCCCCAAGCAGCUCCUACUCCACAAAUGGUUGCAAAUGCCUUUGUUGAGCAGUACUAUCACAUCCUUCACCAUUCUCCUGAGCUUGUAUACAGGUUUUAUCAGGAUUCAAGCGUCUUAAGCAGGCCUAAUCAUGAUGGUGCGAUGUCAUCUGUAACCACGAUGCAAGGCAUCAAUGAGAAAAUCCUUUCCAUGGAUUUCACGAGCUACAAAGCAGAGAUUAAAACUGCAGAUGCUCAGAAUUCGUAUAAAGAUGGAGUGACAGUGCUUGUUACUGGUUGCUUGACUGGCAAGGAUAAUCUGCAAAGGAAAUUUGCGCAGUCAUUUUUUCUCGCACCACAAGACGUUGGCUACUUUGUUUUGAAUGACGUGUUCAGGUAUCUAGAUGAUGAUGAACCAUCAGACAAGUAUCCUAUUGAGAGCAUCAACAAUGCUAACCAAGUCUCUCCAGUUCCGGAACCUGUUACACGUCCUGAUCCCAAACCUUUGGAAUCAGACAGAGUGAUACCUGUGGCAGAAGAUAACAAUGCCAAGGCUAAUGCUGUAGCAGUUCGUGAAGUGCAAAUAGCUGAUGGAAAAGAAAAUAAAAAGGAGCCUCAAAACAGCAUAGAUGAAUCAGAUUCGUCUUUGGUGAAGGAAGAUGCUCCAAAGAAAUCUUAUGCAUCAAUUGUGAAAGUCGCCAAAGGUAGUGAAAUGCCAACGAAAAUUGACAUGCCUACAAACACCAGCAAAGCCAGCACAAAAAAAGCUGAGAACGAGCCAGUUGGGUCUUCUGUCCAUUCUCCUGCUCCAGAAGGAUCAACCCAGGAAAGUGUUGUUAGCCCUGAAACGGGCGAAGCUGAUGGAGAAGCUGAGGGCUACUCCAUAUACAUUCGGAACUUGCCCUUCAAUACAACCGUUUCACAGCUCGACGCAGAGUUUAAGAAGUUUGGCCCGAUCAAGAAAGAUGGCAUCCAAGUCAGAAACAACAAGCAACAAGGCUACUGCUUCGGUUUUGUUGAAUUCCUGUCCCAGAGUUCAAUGAAUGAUGCCAUUCAGGCAUCACCCAUAAAUAUUUUAGGCCGCAAUGCAGUGAUUGAAGCCAAGAGGACUGCAGCAAGAGGCGACGGUGAAAGAGGCGGAUACUCUUUUCCGAGGGGAGGAUAUAGGAGCGACAGCUUCCGAGGUCGAGGGAGCCACAGAGGCGGCCGUGGUUACGGAUAUGGGAGCUGGGGAAGCGACCCCUGUGGACGAGGUAGAGGCUCCUUCAGAGGAGGGAGAGGAAGAAUCCCAAGCGGACCAAGACAGAACGUCGGCUGAAACAAAGUAGGUGUCUUUUUCUCGGUUUGAUCGGUAAAUUAGGCAUUCAGAGCUAUCUAACCUUUAUCAUGUAGAUUAGGGUUUUUGUAUUUACUUGAAGGGCACGUUAUCUUCUUGCUUUUUAGGGCUUGUUUCUCCCUUGCUCUUUGUUUUUGUUGGGUUAGUAGCGAUUCGGUCCAAGUGCCAAUGUUGGACUUGCACUUCGUAGGUCCAAGAUUAAUUCAAAUCGACCAUUAUAUAUCCUUUUUAAAUGUCUUAGCAAAAUAACAUAAUUAAUUGAAUUAAAGCACGAA